CUUUGCAUUCUUGUUGCUGGAGCUCUUGGUGGAAGGUUUGACCACGAGGUUGGAAAUAUCAAUGUUCUCUGCCGUUUUCCAAACAAAAGGAUAAUUCUUCUAUCGGAUGAUUGCCUCAUCCAACUUCUUCCAAGCAGUUGUCAUCAUGAGAUUUACAUCCAGCCGUCUGUUGAGGGACCUCAUUGUGGGCUCAUCCCUAUUUGCGGACCUUCGAAAAGUAGUACAACCACUGGGCUUCAGUGGAACCUCUGUGAGUGUCUAUAA